AUAUCAGCCAGUUGAACAAUAUUAUUGGUAUUCAGCAAAUUAAAGGUAAAAAGAACAACAUCAAUGGCGUCUAACGUUAGCCCAGCAUUUGCCUACACGGUGGUGUAUGUGAAAGACGUGGCCAAAUCAGUAGCUUUCUAUGCCAAAGCCUUUGGCCACAAUGUUCGUCGCUUAGACGAAUCACACAGAUGGGGUGAACUUGAAAGUGGGCAGACCACAAUAGCGUUCACUCCGCUUCACCAACAUGAGACCGAUGAUCUAUCCGGUAGGGUUCAGACCCCUGGUUCCAGAGGCGAGAGACAGCCAAUUGAGGUUUGCUUUGCGUACCCAGAUGUUGAUGCUGCCUACAAGAGGGCUGUGGAAAAUGGUGCAGUGGCGGUGAGCGAGCCAGAGAAAAAAGAAUGGGGUCAGAAAGUUGGGUAUGUGCGUGAUAUUGACGGGAUCGUGGUAAGGAUUGGGAGCUACGUGAACCCACCCAAACAAGACUGAUCAAGUACAAAAAAGAGCUAUCUUUGCCAGAAAAAUCGAGCUCCAUGCCUAAUCAACAUUUUUUUAUUUCUCUUGGUGGCUUGUACUUCCAAAUUCCAAUUUUCAUGAACACCCCCAACCCAAAAAAAAAAAGGGACAAAUUUUGUUUUUGAGACUACGCAAUUGUCAUUUUAAUCACUAUAGUCUUUAAUAUGUGGCUUAAUUAGUAAAUUAUAUUUUCAAUAAUACGUGUUUGUUCCAUGAUGUCAGUUAGAUCAGUAAGUUGUGUACAUCUCUACUUACUUUGAAUGGUGAGGUUAGUAAUUUGUGCGUUUCAAAUUGUUCCAGGAUAGGCGUAUU